AAACCAUCCGAUAAUAGUAGAAAUUUCCCUAGACUUGAACAUGACUCCGUUAACAAUGAAAACAAUACGACUCACAAAUCACACAUUUUGACCACACCCCUUCAACUAAACAGGUGAAAUCUUGCUCCCAGAUCUGUUCUUGAUCUUCAAAUAAUUGUACAGUAGCAGAAGAGAUUGGCCGGAAGAAAUGGCGAAAUCGAGCGCCGACGAUCUGGAGCUCCGGCGAGCCUGCGAAACUGCAAUGGAGGGAACCAAGCAGAAGGUUGUGUUAUCGAUUCGUGUGGCGAAAAGCCGAGGAAUUUGGGGUAAAUCAGGGAAAAUCGGAAAGGGUCAGAUGGCUAAACCUAGGGUUCUUGCAAUCACCACAAAAGAAAAGGAUCAACAAACUAAGGCUUUUCUCAACGUGUUGAAGUAUUCAAACGGAGGAGUUCUUGAGCCUGCAAAACUAUACAAACUUAAGCAUCUUUCUAAGGUGGAGGUUUUAACUAACGACCCUAGUGGAUGCACAUUUAUGCUGGGAUUUGACAAUCUCAGAAGUCAAAGUGUUGCUCCUCCUCAGUGGACCAUGCGAAAUAUUGAUGACAGGAACCGUCUCUUGCUAUUUAUAUUGAACUUGUGUAAAGACGUAUUAGGCCAUCUACCGAAAGUUGUGGGUAUUGAUGUUGUCGAAAUGGCUCUUUGGGCCAAGGAAAAUACACCUGUAGUAUCAAAGAAACGCAAUAUACAAGAUGGGCCUGGGCCCGCUGCUGACGUCAUUGCAGAAAGUGACAUGAAGGUUACAGUUGAGAAAGAGCUUGUUUCUCAAGCAGAAGAAGAAGACAUGGAGGCUCUUUUAGGCGUAUAUGUGAUGGGUAUUGGGGAAGCAGAAGCCUUUUCUGAACGUUUAAAACGUGAACUUCAUGCUUUGGAAGCAGCAAAUGUGCAUGCCAUUUUGGAAAGCGAGCCUUUGGUCGAUGAGGUGCUUCAGGGGCUUGAGGCAGCGACAAUUGCCGUUGAUGACAUGGACGAAUGGCUUGGGAUUUUUAAUAUUAAACUUAGACAUAUGAGAGAGGACAUUGAAUCGAUAGAAACACGCAAUAAUCAGCUGGAAAUGCAAUCUGUAAAUAAUAACGCUUUAAUUGAGGAGCUGGAUAAGCUUCUCGAGAGAUUGCGUAUACCUUCGGAGUAUGCAGCAUGUCUAACUGGCGGCUCCUUUGACGAGGCUCGCAUGCUUCAAAAUAUCGAAGCAUGUGAAUGGUUAACUAGUGCGUUAAACGGCCUUGAACCACCUAAUUUGGAUCCAAGUUUCGCAAAUAUCAGAGCGGUCAGGGAAAAGAGGACAGAACUUGACAAAUUAAAAACGACUUUUGUUCGGAGAGCUUCUGAGUUUUUAAGAAAUUAUUUUGCUAGUUUGGUGGAUUUCAUGAUAAGUGAUAAAAGUUACUUCUCUCAGAGGGGACAGCUAAAGAGGCCCGAUCAUGCUGAUCUUCGAUUUAAAUGCAGAACUUAUGCUCGCCUUUUGCAACAUUUGAAGAGCCUGGAUAAAAAUUGUUUGGGUCCUUUGAGGAAAGCGUAUUGUAGCUCUCUAAACCUGCUUUUACGGCGUGAGGCUCGUGAGUUUGCUAAUGAGCUUAGAGCUAGUACUAAAGCAUCAAGGAAUCCUACUGUUUGGCUUGAGGGUUCCGGUGGUUCAAAUCAAAACGUAAACAAUGCUGAUACGUCACAGGUUUCCGAUGCAUAUGCGAAGAUGCUCACAAUAUUUAUCCCGCUCCUUGUUGAUGAGAGUUCCUUUUUUUCGCAUUUCAUGUGCUUCGGAGUUUCCGCACUCGCUCCGCCAGGAAGUCCCGCCAAUGGUGACAAAUCAAAUGAUGAUGAUUUAGGGAUUAUGGACAUUGAUGAUAAUGAUACCACCACUAAAAAUAUAUCAGAGCUUGAAGCACUAAACGAGUCACUUCGCGAUUUACUCGAUGGGAUCCAGGAGGAUUUUUAUGCGGUUGUUGAUUGGGCGUACAAGAUUGAUCCGUUACGGUGCAUAUCAAUGCACGGGAUAACCGAAAAAUAUAUUUCUGGUCAGAAAGCAGAUGCAGCCGGAUACGUGCGCCUUUUACUUGACGCACUGGAAGGAAGAAUUACCGCACAAUUCACUCGUUUUGUAGAUGAAGCCUGUCACCAGAUUGAACGGAAUGAACGAAAUGUUCGACAAAUGGGCGUCUUGUCAUACAUUCCCAGAUUUGCUACUCUUGCUACGCGCAUGGAACAGUAUAUUCAGGGACAGUCUAGAGAUUUAGUUGAUCAAGCAUAUAUUAAGUUUAUUGGUGUGAUGUUUGCAACUCUGGAUAAAAUUGCUCAGACCGACCCAAAAUACGCCGAUAUUAUACUUCUAGAAAACUAUGCUGCAUUCCAGAAUAGUUUGUAUGACUUGGCAAAUGUCGUUCCGACUUUAGCUAAAUUUUAUCAUCAAGCGAGUGAAUCAUAUGAACAAGCUUGCACGCGCCAUAUCAGUAUGAUUAUUUACUAUCAAUUUGAGCGACUUUUUCAAUUUGCUCGAAGAAUCGAAGAUUUGAUGUACACCAUCACUCCUGAAGAGAUUCCUUUCCAGCUUGGUUUAUCGAAAAUGGAUCUCAGGAAGGUGGUGAAAUCAAGUUUAUCAGGAGUUGACAAGCACAUUGGUGCAAUGUAUAAAAAGCUGCAGAAAAACUUGACCUCUGAGGAAUUAUUACCUUCACUAUGGGAUAAAUGCAAGAAAGAAUUUUUGGACAAGUAUGAUAGCUUUGCUCAGCUCGUUGCAAAGAUCUACCCGAGCGAGACAAUUCCGUCUGUUACAGAAAUGAGAGAUAUUCUAGCAUCGAUGUAGGGUUCUAGUAGCAGGUUUAUAGACGUUUUUCAAAACAUCCAGAUCUAUGUAUAAAUAUGUGCUACUUUGCGUGGUCGACUUGGUUUUUUUUUUUUUUUUUUUAUUUCACUUGUUUGUAAGUUGUGUUAUGAAUAUAUUAGAGUUAAAUGCUUGGUUGGUC